AUGUCAAGCGCAGUAGCAAGGCCAUGGUGGAAGGAUGUGGUCUGCUACCAGAUCUACCCCGCGUCCUUCAAAGAUUCCAACGGAGACGGGCUUGGGGACAUACCAGGCAUUCUGAGCAGGAUCGACUACUUGAAGGACCUCGGCAUUGAUGUCGUCUGGAUCUCACCAAUGUUUGACAGCCCACAGGUCGAUAUGGGAUACGACAUCUCAGAUUACGAGAGGGUGUAUACCCCUUAUGGUUUAGUCAACGACAUGGAGGAUCUCAUUUACGCCCGCCAUCAGAGGGGUAUAAAGCUGAUCCUCGACCUCGUUGUCAAUCACACGUCAGACCAGCACGCCUGGUUCAAGGAGUCGAGGUCCUCCAAGGACAACCCCAGGCGCGAUUGGUACGCUGAGGACGGGACUCGACUGCCGCCAACCAACUGGAGGAGCUACUUCUCCGGACAGGCUUGGGAGUACGACGAGCAGAGCGGGGAGUACUACCUCCACCUGUUUGCCAAAGAGCAGCCGGACCUCAACUGGGAGAAUGAGGAGACGCGGAAGGCCAUCUACCACAGCGCCAUGCGUUUCUGGCUGGACAAGGGGGUCGACGGGUUCCGGGUGGACGUUGUCAACAUCUACUCCAAAGGGGUCGAAUUCAAGGACGCCCCCAUCGUCGACCCCAGAUUCUACGAACAGCCGGCAUGGUGCUAUUACGCCAACGGCUCCCGGAUCCACGAGAUCCUCCGGGAGAUGAACGCUGAAGUGCUCAACCACUACGACGCGGUGACAGUCGGCGAGCUGCCGCACACACCGGACCCAAAGAAAGUGCUCGAAUACGUCGGGGCGAGCGACAAGCAGCUGAGCAUGGUGUUCCAGUCGACAUUGUCAACAUCGGCCAGGGGCGCGAGCACAAACCAAGGCCGCUCUGUAUCCCGCUUCGCCUCCGACUCUCCCGCUUACCGCACCACCUCUGCCAAACUCCUCUCGCUGAUGCUCGGCUCCCUAACGGGCACGCUCUUCCACUACCAGGGCCAAGAGAUCGGCAUGAUCAACAUCCCUCCCACCUGGCCCAUCGACUUCUACCGCGACAUCGAAUCAGUAAACUUUUACAAGACCAUGGCCGCGCAAACCCAGAAAGACCCCGCCGAGUUAGAAUAUGUCAUGCGCAGCCUGCAGAUCUUGGGCCGCGACAAUGCCCGGCUGCCGAUGCAGUGGACCGGGGGUAAACAUGCCGGCUUCACGGAUUGUGAGACCGGGCCGUGGACGAGAGUGCAUGAUUUGUAUGGCGAGAUCAAUGUUGAGCGGCAGGUCCGGGAGGGCAAGGGUUCGGUGCUAGGGUUUUGGAAGAGGAUGAUAAGGCUCAGGAAGGAGCAUGCCGAGCUGCUGGUGCAUGGGGCGUAUGAGGGGUUUGAGAUAGAGGACGAAAAGACGUUUGUAUUUGGGAAGAGGGAAUCCGGCGAGAAGAGGGCGGCUGUGGUCUUGAACUUUAGCGGGGAAGAGCAGGAGGUUGAGUUGCCGGUUUAUGAGGGGCCGGUGUUCCAAGUUGGGAAUUAUGGUGAUGCGGCGGAGAAAGAGAAGAGCAUUGAGGGAAGGAUCAGGAGGUUGAGGCCAUGGGAAGGGAGACUCUACUUGGCGGGUUGCUAG